GCAUGCGCGGGGGAGGGGUCGCCACCCGCGCCUGAUGAUGACGUUUGCGGAAGGACACGUCACCCUGCUCGAGGAGCGGCCGGGCGCUGGAGUUAGAGAGGCUGUGGGUAAGGCCAUGUCAUGGAUCAAAGAAGGAGAGUUGACCAUCAUAGAGAGAUUUUGUGCCAACAUUAUAAAGGCAGGUCCAAUGCCCAAGCAUGUCGCAUUCAUCAUGGAUGGGAAUCGCCGUUAUGCUCAGAAGUGCCACGUGAAGAGGCAGCAGGGGCAUUCAGAGGGCUUCGACAAACUGGCACAGACACUGCGGUGGUGCUUGAAUCUGGAUAUCCGGGAGGUCACGGUCUACGCAUUUAGCAUUGAGAACUUUAAACGCUCCAAGGAGGAGGUGGAUGGGCUGAUGGAGCUGGCGAGGCAAAAAUUUAGCCGCCUGCUGGAAGAACAGGAGAAUCUGAAGAAGCAUGGUGUGCGUAUCCGGGUCCUUGGGGACCUGCCACUUCUGCCACUGGAUAUUCAGGAACUGAUUGCCGAGGCUGUGCUGGCAACGAGGAACUACAACAAAUGUUUUCUGAAUGUCUGCUUUGCAUACACCUCAAGACAUGAAAUCAGCAAUGCAGUGAGAGAGAUGGCCUGGGGUGUGGAAGAAGGACUACUUGAACCUAGCGAUGUGUCAGAGUCAUUGCUCGAUAAAUGUCUCUACACCAACAACUCCCCCAACCCAGACCUCCUGAUACGAACCUCUGGAGAGGUCCGGCUUAGUGACUUCUUGCUCUGGCAGACAUCCCACUCAUGCCUGGUCUUUCAGUCUGUGCUGUGGCCAGAAUAUUCCUUCUGGAACUUGUGUGAGGCUAUCCUUCGGUUCCAGAUGAACCACAGCGCUUUACAGAAGGCCAGAGAUUUGCACAUGGAGGAAAGGAAGCGGCAGCAGCUGGAAAGUGACCAGGCUUAUGUAACAAACAAGCUGCAACAGGAAGGGUCUGCAUCCCAUGGAGACUCUCAGCACCGACGGACAAUAUUGCAGAAAUACACUGCCCUGCGGGAAGAGAGAAUCCAGGGCUUUCUGCAGGCUCUAGAGCACAAAAGAGUGGACUUCCUUGAAAGACUGUGUACAGUGUCUGCAUGACCUGGAUAGGCCUUGUGACGGUGAAUAUGUGCAGUGUUAGAAAUAACACUACUGCUAGGCCAGAGGAAUUCACUAUGUGGGGGGAGGACACUGGUGAUGCAGGACUGGUACAAGAUUUUAUAUCCAAAGUGGCACUAUCCAAAGGGCAGAGGCUGAGUACUAAGAGGCUUUCUACUUCUGUAAAUGCCACUGAGGAAGGUAAGGUCAGGAUGGUCUUGCCUCCUGCCACUAAAAAUGGAGAAAGGAAUGCAAUGCCCCCGCUCUUCUCUGCUGCCUGACACUUUGCAUCUCUGGGUAUUUUUGUGACCAGCAAUUAACUAGAAUUAACUUCCAAUGUGGUUAAGUCCCCUUGUGAGUCAGCUGAGGCAAAGCAACCCAAUUCUCCCUUAAAUCUGCCUUGGGACCCUGUGCUUCAAUUCCUACUGCCACUUUCAGUGAGAUUUGUUUGUUAUAACAACAUGUGUGGUCAGCUUUUCCAAAGAAGCAUGCUAUUCCCAUUCCGCGUGGAAAGAAUUGUUUAUGGUGGGGACAUGCUAAGAGCUGUGGCAAAAAAUAUUCUCCAUAAAUCAUUUUCCUGUCGAAUUUUUCCUUCUUUGCCCUCCUUGUCUUUUUGUUCCAGGUUUUGAUACAUCUGCUGCUGGCUUUCAAAGAGCUGUAGCAAAAUAUAGACUGUCAGCCAUGCUGUAUAGAGGAAGAAGUUGUUACUGGCCCUUAAUAUCAUCUUGUACUUGCAUUCUUAUUCCAUCAUCCUCUCUACAGUAUUGAAAGAAGAAAGGGCACAAGUGUCUUUUUCCAAUAUCAAGCACAAUACUUGUAUUUAUUUAUUUAUUUAUUUAUUUUUGGAGGCGGUAUGGAGAAGGAACUGCCUGUGAAUCAAAUACCUUGUUUAAAAGAACUUGUCUGAGGCAGGGAGAUAACUUAGCUAAAGCCAGCUACGUUAUGAUCUACUAAAUGAGUGUAUUGGGAUGGCCUUAGCUUAAAGAACAUGGGGACUGGGAUGAAUCCAUGUUUCCUACUCAAUAUGGUUUAAAGAUGACCUGUACAGGCUCUUAACAGGGAUGGCUUGUGUGGCUGCGGAGUAAUUUGAUGACGGGAAAGACUCAAAUUGGCACUGUACUACCUAUUUUGAAUUCCCUACUGGCAUGGAUAUGGACUAGAUGACAUUCUAGUUCUUUUUCCAUCUCUGAUUUGUGCUUUUGUAUGGCCCAAACCAACUGAACAUGUCUCCACAUUUUUUUUCUGAGGCACAUUCAAAUGCAACAUCAGCUUUUGCUGUUUUUAAAGUGUUCCUUUUACCUCCAGAUCAAAAAAAUGCAGAUUUAAAAGACUUAAGUGCUGCAAACAGCACCUUGAACAUUGUGAAGAGGAUCAUUAAAAUGUCAAACAUGAAUAAAGCAUUUUACUACAAAACAUUUUUAAAAUAAGCUGAAAAUUUAAAACUAUAGGAAGCUGCUUUUUUAAGAUUUAAUGAAGACGAUGCCCGGGUCUAAUAUGUUGUUGUUGUUGUUCCUUAACCAAUGUGUGACUCCCCACUUUAUGCCUGUUGAGAUGGAGUGAAUUAGCAGAUUUUCUGUUUUAUUCUGUUUGGGUGAUGUGCUGGAAGCCUGAGACAUUGGCUGAAUAAGCCACGUUCCAGUGCAUCCUCUUGUGUAAAUAGCUAAUGCUACCUCCCAAAUAAUGCUUUGUGAUAUUUAUGGGUGAUGCAGGCUGUCAAUUUUAUAGUGUUUAUCUAGCUGCAUUUCAUUUAAUCCUUUCUUUACAUUUCAAGAGGUCUUCUGUGGAAAUAGUUCUUAAGUUCCCGGUCUCUCUUAUCCUUAAAGAGCUGGAUUUCUCGGUAGUCUAAAUUUUACAGGGCAUCUAGAGUCCUAGCACAGUACUUUGGAGCCCUGGUCCACUGUACUCUUCAGGAACUAGAGAAUAGGUUCUGUGUAAUAACCUGUUUUUGGUCAAAUAAAAUUAUAUUUUCAGGUGUAAGAUGAAAACAAGGACAGCCUGACCUGCAGUGGUAUGUUGUUGUUGUUUUAAAUAAGAAAGGGAUGGGAAAAGGUUGUUGAAAAACAGCAUGCAGAGCUUGUACAUUAUACCUUUUAGGAAUAGGUCUUUCCACAUAAGUUUUUUGAGCUAAAGCUACAGCAUUAAAGUUGCAAGCCUUUUCAAGGGAGAGUCCAAUUUCUGUAAUUUAGAAUGGUGUAAAAGCCUUGAGGGAAGGUGAAUAUAAUAUGGAUAAUUAUCACUGGAAAGUUUUCUCGGAAGGCUUGCUGGUAGUUGAAGAGCCCUGUUACAAUCCAAAAGGCUGUAGGGUGCUAUUCUUCUAGAGAAGGUAUAGCUAAAAGGACAAGCUUAACACAGGUGAAACUUGUGUACCUAACAAUCAGACAUAAAGCAGAGCAAAUGUACAUGGAGAAAUAGACUAUGGGGUCUCUUUCUCUGUAUCUUUCUGUGGAAAGGGGCAGACUUUACAGGCCAUUUACAAUCAAUAAUGGUUACCAGCACUCACUUUCACCUUUUUGAAUUGUUUAAUAGUCCCUAAUCUAAUUUUUCUCUUGGAAAAUCUGGAAUUUUUACAGGUUUAGGGGGAGGGAGAUUUGUUUUAUCCUCAGCGUAGAGAAGCUGUGAAUCAGUUUCUGUUAUCAGCCUGGUGUUGAUCUGUUUCCCUAUUGCCAAAAGCAUGUCCUAAAGCACCCAGUUCCACCCUGUUGCUUUAACUAAAUCCCUAUCCUUCACUGGUUACAGCCUGCUCCUUCCUCUGGUCA